UGAUAACCGUCAGCUGUCAAAUUUUACCACGAUAAAUUUCGUUCGUGGCUGGAUCACUCUACACAAAAAUAGUUUUUUCCAACUAACACUGUUCUUUUCCUAUUUAUUAAGGUUGUAGAUGCGGCUUACGCCGCAUUUAUAACACUUAGCUCGUGUCUGGUACUUGUGAUUUAUUAAUUAGGUAGUGGACGUAAAAUAACCUAACCAUGCCUCCGAAGAAAGCGCCCGCUGCUGCGAGCAAGAAGACGGAGCAGAAGAAGAAGGAGAAAGUGAUUGAGGACAAAACAUUUGGUAUCAAGAACAAGAAAGGAGCAAAACAGCAAAAGUUCAUCCAACAGGUAGAGAAACAAGUGAAGAGUGGCGGCAUCCACCCUGCGGGGCCCAUGCAGGAUAAGAAAAAGGACAAGGAACAGAAACUGAAGGAAGCGAAAGAGUUGGCCGCACUCUUCAAACCCGUGCAGACCCAGAAGGUGGAGAAAGGUACGGACCCCAAGUCGGUGGUGUGCGCGUUCUUCAAGCAGGGCCAGUGCACCAAGGGCGACCGCUGCAAGUUCUCCCAUGACCUCACCAUCGAGAGGAAGGCCGAGAAGCGGUCCCUGUACGUGGACAUGCGCGACGACGACACCAUGGACACCUGGGACGACGACAAGCUUAAAGAGGUCGUCGAGAAGAAGCUCGCGGAGGACAAGCAGCAACCCACUACUGACAUCAUCUGCAAGCACUUCCUGGAGGCGGUGGAGAGGUCCAAGUACGGGUGGUUCUGGGAGUGUCCGUCCGGCGCGCGCUGCAUGUACCGGCACGCGCUGCCGCCCGGCUUCGUGCUCAAGCGGGACAAGAGGAAGACGGACGACAGGAAGAGCGAGAUGUCGCUAGUGGACCUCAUCGAGAGGGAGCGCGCCGCGCUGGGCCCCAACCAGACCAAGAUCACGCUCGAGACCUUCCUGGCCUGGAAGAAGAAGAAAAUUAAGGAGAAACAGGAGAACAUAGCGUUUGCGGAGGAGCAGAAGCGCUCUGACUUCAAGGCGGGGCGCGCGUGCGGGCUGUCGGGCCGCGAGAUGUUCUCGUUCGACCCCGCGCUCGCCGCCGACGCAGACGCAGACGACGACGACGACGUGCUCGCCGCCUACGCCGACGACGACGACGACGCCGUAUACAGGGAGAUCACCUUCGACGGGAUCGGCAUGGAGGCCUCCGAGGUGGACGACACAGGCACCAAAGCGACCUCCGACCGACUCCAACAACUGUCCGCGGGGCUCAGCAACGGCGACGCGGAGGCCGAGGCGGAGGCCGGGGCCGGGGCGGGGGCCGGGGCGGGGGCCGAGGCCGACGUGCCCAUCAACGAGAACCUGUUCCUCGACGACGAGCUGGACGAGGAGCUGCAGGGGCUGGACCUGGACGACUGA